CCGAUAUGGUCUAUAUAUCUGCUGCUGCAGAGUUACUUCAAUCUACGCAUGCAUUUCGGACCAUUUCUUUGGACUGAGCUCCGACCAUCACUCAACUCAGCUGCGCUCUGCUCUACGAUGGCUGAAGUUCUUCACCAAAGCAAAACUACUAAACCUCAUGUAGCCGUCUUGGCUUUCCCGUUCGGUGCCCACGCAGCCGCUCUCCUCAACCUCACCCGCAGGUUAGCAGUUGCUGCCCCAGACGUAACCUUCUCCUUCUUCAGUACGGCAAAGUCGAACUGCUCUGUCUUCGGCAGAGACCACCUCCACGAUAACAUCAGAAACUAUGAUGUUGCAGACGGGAUUCCCGCCGGCGACCAACUUCCGAGGUACCCAGUAGAAGCUAUCGGGUUGUUUCUCAAAGCAUCGCCGGAUAACUUCAAGAAGGCUCUGGAGGAGGCCAGGGCAACUUCAAGGCAGUUCACAUGCGUGUUGAGCGAUGCUUUUCUGUGGUUCGCGGCUGAUAUUGCCGAUGAGCUCGGUGUUCCCUGGGUCCCACUUUGGACGGCUGGGCUCUGCUCUCUUUCGACUCACUACUACACUGAUUUCAUCCGCCACAUGACUCAUGUGGGCUCCACUGGUGAAAAAUGUGGAUCAACGGUUGGCACUAAAGCAAGUAUAGUCGGGAAUGAGGACCAGCCGCUGGAAUCCAUUCCGGGGCUGCCACCGUUGCGUGUUGGGGACUUGCCGGAAGGGAUCAUUACCGGGAACUUGGACUCGCCCUUCGCCAGUAUGUUGUGUCAAAUGGGGAAGAUGCUGCCACGUGCUGCCGCAGUUGUCGUUAAUUCCUUUCGGGAGCUGGAGCCCACCAUUUUUGAUGAUCUGAAGUCGAAACUAUAUAAAUGCCUCACAGUGGGGCCCUUUGCCAUCUUGACUCCACCUCCAUCCGGUCCGGAUGAAACCGGUUGUCUCCCGUGGUUGGACCAGCAACGGACCCACUCAGUGGUGUACUUGAGCUUCGGCACGAUGACGACACCCCAGCCGGAAGAGCUGGCCGCCAUUGCGGAAGGCUUGGAGGCAAAGGGCGCACCGUUUCUGUGGUCGCUCAGAGAGAAGUUCCAGGAGCACCUCCCAACUGGGUUCGUGGAAAGAACCAGAGGGAAGGGAGUACUAGUCCCGUGGGCCCCACAAAAGCUCAUUCUCGAGCAUCCGGCCGUUGGCGUCUUCGUGUCGCACUGUGGGUGGAACUCGGUGACGGAGAGCAUCGCCGGUGGAGUACCGAUGGUCUAUCGUCCGUUGUACGGAGAUCAAAAGCUGAACGGACGGAUGGUAUCCGAUGUAUGGAGGAUUGGGGUCGAGAUUGAGGGUGGGGUGUUUACGAGGGAUGGAGUAGUGAACGCUCUGGAUCUGAUUUUGUCGAAGGAUGAAGGGACCAAAAUUAGGGAGAAGGUUGGGGCCCUCAGUGAGAUUGAAAAAAAGGCCGUGGGGCCCGGAGGGAGCAGCACUGAAAAUUUCAAGACUCUUGUCCACAUAUUUUAUUAAUUAGGGGUUUUUAUGGAUCUUUCCACCGCAUAAAUCGAAAUCCGUGUCAAAUUCAGUUAGUAAAUCAGUACUCCACCCCGUGCAUGUGAAUUACAAUUUUACAACGGACUAACUCAACCCUCAACCU